GACGAGUUUUAUAGCCAGGGGCCGCGCACGGGAGGCUCUUCUAAAGCUCCACAGCAGCGCAGAGGUUGUUCCACCUGAAGAGCAAGAGGAUGGACGCAGCAUACAAGAGAGUGAACGGAGACCACGGGCCCGAGGAGCCCGACACGGGGCGAAGGAGGAGGGGCUCCAUGUACCUGGAAGAGGAGACCAGCAAGAAGUCCGAGGUGAUCUCCUGCAUCUUCUCCCUGAAGGAGGAGGUCGGCGCCUUGGCCAAGGGCCUGCGGCUCUUUGAGGAGAAGGGCAUCAACCUGACCCACAUCGAGUCCCGUCCGUCGCGCAUGAACAAGGACCAGUUUGAGUUCUUCAUCAGCGUGGACGCCUCCUGCGCCCAGGCCCUGGACGAGGUCAUCGACAGCCUGCGCACACAGAUCAGCGGCCACGUGCACGAGCUGACGCGCAACAAACAGAAGGACACGGUGCCGUGGUUCCCCAACGACAUCCAGGACUUGGACCGCUUUGCCAACCAGAUCCUGAGUUAUGGCUCCGAGCUGGAUUCUGAUCACCCGGGCUUCACAGAUGCAGUGUACAGAGUCCGCAGGAAGGAGUUUGCCGACAUCGCCUACAACUACAGACACGGCCAGGCGAUCCCUCGGGUGGAGUACACGGCGGAGGAGAAGGCCACGUGGGGGACGGUGUUCAAGGAGCUGAAGACCCUGUACCCGACCCACGCCUGCCGCGAGCACAACCGCGUCUUCCCCCUGCUGGAGCAGUACUGCGGCUACAGGCAGGACAACAUCCCGCAGCUGGAGGACGUGUCCCGCUUCCUGCAGUCGUGCACGGGCUUCCGGCUUCGCCCGGUGGCCGGCCUGCUCUCGUCCCGGGACUUCCUGGCCGGGCUCGCCUUCCGCGUCUUUCAUUCCACGCAGUACAUCCGCCACGGAUCCAAGCCCACCUACACACCUGAGCCGGAUGUCUGCCACGAGCUCCUGGGACACGUUCCUCUGUUUGCCGACUCCAGUUUCGCCCAAUUCUCACAGGAAAUCGGUCUGGCCUCCCUCGCCGCCCCCGAUGAGUUCAUCGAGAAACUCGCCACUGUCUACUGGUUCACCGUGGAGUACGGCCUGUGCAAGCAGGGCUCCGAGGUCAAAGCCUUCGGCGCCGGCUUGCUUUCAUCGUUUGGCGAGCUGCAGUACUGCUUGUCGGACAAGCCCACGGUCCUGCCCUUUGACCCCGCCAAGACCAGCCUCCAGAAGUACCCCAUCACGGAGUACCAGCCCGUUUACUUUGUGGCGGAGAGCUUCGAGGACGCCAAAGAGAGAGUGAGGAAAUUUGUGGCCACCAUCCCGAGGCCUUUCACGGUGCGCUACAACGCCUACACCCAGAGCAUCGAGGUGCUGGACAACAGUCAGCAGCUGAGGAACCUGGCCGACAGCAUCCACAGCGAGAUGGACAAACUGUGCGAAGCCCUGAAGAAACUGGAUUAAGUGUGAAUGUUCUCUGAACCGAAAGCGCUCUGAGAAUCUCUGUGUUCAAUAAGGUUUCAGACGUCUUUUCUUUCUUUGUAGUAAAACAAAUAUAUAAUGGCAUUCUUACAGUGACAAUCAUAUCCGUAUUAAUAAAGAUAAUAAUAAUUACUAAACCCAGUGUGUAAACAUUACAAUUUAUGUGUAAUAUGAUGUAGAAACCGCAGAAGUGACGAUUUUCUUCAGCAUGCAGAUAUUUUUUUUGGCCACAAAACAUUAUGUUUUGUAUGUAUGGAAUGUUUUGAUGAAACAAUAAACAUUUCUCUUCUCUCUUUGU